AUGUCGAGACUCUUGGCGGUGUGUAAAGAGUUUGCUGAUGUCUUCACCUCAGAGUUAGGGGCAUACAAAGGGCCUCCAAUUGCACUACAGUUAGAUCCUUCAAUAGCACCGAUAAGGAUUAAGCCAAGUCAGGUGCCUUUUGCCCUAAAGCAGAGAAUCAAUGCAAACCUGGACAAGCUGUUGCAACAAGGCAUUUUAGAGCUGGGAGAUCGCAUUUUCGCCAAAUUAGAUUUGGCCCAGGUCUAUCAGCAGCUGCCGGUGGACGACACUACAGUGGAGGCCCAAACCAUUUUAACCCACCGGGGAGCCUUCAAGAUUGUCAAAGCCAAUAACCGGGACCUCUCUUACAUCCUCCUGGUCUCCCUCCUGUUUUGCUUCUUGUCUCCUUUUCUCUUCAUUGGUCAACCAAGGAAAGCCACCUGUUUUCUCCGACAAACUGUUUUCAGCAUCAUUUUUUCAGUUGCAAUUUCUUCUCUCUUGGCCAAAACAAUCACAGUGGUGCUUGCUUUUAUUGCUACAAAGCCAGGCAAACAAUUUAAGAGAUGGUUGGGGAAGAGCUUGGCCAAUUCCAUUAUCCUUUCUUGUUCUGCUGUCCAAAUUAUGAUAUGUUCCAUCUGGCUGGGAGUUUUUCCCCCAUUCCUUGACUCUGACCUCUACUCUCAGCCAGGAGUAAUCAUCCUGCAAUGCAACGAAGGCUCUGUUGUCAUGUUCUACAUUACCCUCAGCUACUUGGGCUUUCUGGCUUCCAUCUGUUUUACAGUGGCUUUCCUGGCCAGGAAUCUGCCUAGUGCCUUCAAUGAAGCAAAGCUGAUCACUUUCAGCAUGCUGACUGGCUUCAGACUGCAGUCAGAUAUUUCCACUCACCCAAUUCAUCCCAAGGCACUAGUUGCUUGGUGCCUCUUUGAUCAGGAGAACAUGACUCAUGAGAAACAGUUAGUGGAUAUUCAGCUUCAGCGGCCUUAA